AUGAAAUCUUCGUCUCUUUUAAGUGUUCUUGUGCUUCUUUGUUCCCCAGCUAUUGCUGCUCCUUUGAACCAUGCGGUUUCCAGCGACACUUCCUCCUCCUCCUCCUCCUCUUCCAUCAACUGGAGCACUGUUGAUUACAAUGUCGACUGGAACACCGUUAGCUAUAACGUCAAUUGGAGCACCAUUAGUUACAACGUCAAUUGGAGCACCGUUAGCUAUACAAAUGAAUGGAGCACCGUUGGUUAUGACAACCGUAUCACCACCCUCACGAAAAUGCCAUCGCAAACCUUAGGUGCCGGCCACAUCCAUGCUCCAAUCACCUCUGCUUCUUCGUCCACUUCUGCAGCAGUGAUGUAUGCUGAUGAAGGGGUUUCGACGCUUUUUGAUGACUCUGGAGACACUACAGAUUCCGACACAACCACCAAUGCUUCUGAAGAAGAUAAUGAUAGCACCACAGUUUUCGAUGACCUUACAGCGACCGCCCACUACACCACUCCGUCCAUUACCGAAACUUCUUCUGCUUCUUCUGCCACCGAUGCUGGGAAUGCCGAUGAAGAAGUUUCUCCAUCAUUUCGUACUGUCAGCAAGACUGAGACACAUCAUAAUAACUCCACCACUAAUGGCCACAAGACUCAUUCGCACAAAACUAAACAUUCUAAAUCACACAUCACCAAGACCACCAAAUCUAGUGACACCACUACCAAGACCAGUACAAGUGUUAGCAUCACAUCCUCUUUGAAUGCCAACGCUACUGAGGGAAAGACAACAAUCCAAGAUAAUGCCUCUUAUUCUUCAUUGGUAUCGUCUGAGUUAUCUUCUUACAAUUCGGCCCAAUCGGUAAGAGCCAGUUCUCUUAGAGCCCAAGUGACCAAUCCAUACGAUUAUUAA